GGUGGGCCGGAGCCAUGAGCUCCUACCUGGACUACGUGUCGUGCGGCGAUGGCGGGGGCGGUGGCGACGUGCUCAGCUUCGCGCCCAAGUUCUGCCGCGCCGACGCCCGGCCCGUGGCCCUGCAGCCCGCCUUCCCCCUGGGCCGCGGCGACGGCGCCUUCGUCAGCUGCCUGCCCCUAGCUGCGGCCCGAGCGGCGCCUUCGCCCCCGGGCGCCCCUGCGCAGCCUCCCGCACCGUCCCCGGCCGCGCCCGCGUUCGCGCCGUGCCCCCUGGAGGGGGCCUACGAGCCGGACGCCGCAGCUGCCGCGGCGGGGGCCGCGGACUACGGCCUCCUGGGGCCCGGGCCCGCUUACGACUUCCCGUGCGCGCUCGGGCGGCCGGCCGACGACGGCGGGGCACACGUCCACUACGCCACCUCGGCCGUCUUCUCGGGCGGCGGCUCCUUCCUCCUCAGCGGUCAGGUGGAUUUCGCGGCCUUCAGCGAGCCCGGCGCCUUCCCGGCGUGUCUCAAAGAGCCGGCCGACGGCCACUCCGGGGCCUUCCAGACUGCUUCCCCCGCUCCUGGCGCCUACCCCAAGUCCGCGUCCCCGGCCUCCUGCCUCCCGGCCGCCUUCAGCACGUUCGACUGGAUGAAAGUGAAAAGGAACGCCCCAAAGAAAAGCAAACUCGCCGAGUAUGGUGCCGCCAGCUCCUCCAGCGCGAUCCGCACGAAUUUCAGCACCAAGCAACUGACAGAACUGGAGAAGGAGUUUCAUUUCAAUAAGUACUUAACUCGGGCCCGACGCAUCGAGAUAGCCAACUCACUGCAGCUGAAUGACACCCAAGUCAAAAUCUGGUUCCAGAACCGCAGGAUGAAACAGAAGAAGAGGGAACGAGAAGGGCUUCUGCCCUCCACCACGCCUGUGGUUUCCCUCCAACUAACCGUCUCAGGAACGAGCCCCACGAAGUCUGGCAAAAACCCGGGAAGCCCUUCUCAGGCCCAAGAACCUUCAUGAGGUUUAGUCAUGAGGCUGAGGAACCGCGGCCUGCAGAAUUCAUAGGCUACCCACCUCUACCUAGACUUGCCAGCUCAGUUUGGAAUGGAGGUGGGCAUGGACAGAAAUAAUUGAGGUUUCAUUUGGGAGAGGAAGUGUCUUAGUUGGCUUCUGAGUUCCAGACCAUGGGUGUACAGAUAAUAACUUGAAGUCUAAAGUCACUCAUUUGUUUAUUAUUUGUGUCUUAUCAGGGAAAAGGUGCCGAGCCACCAGCCCAGCCCUGCUGCUAUGUUGCCUAACUUAGUCAUAUGCAAUUCUCACAAUUCUUGAGUACAGAGUGGUAGAGCAUUCCUUACUGAGCUCUGCCAACCCCCUGAUGUGCUCAGAAGAGCAGCUACCCAAAGUUUUAUCUGGUUUUAAUUUAAAAGACAAGGCUAUAUGUAUUCAGCUUCUAGAGUUGACCAAAGCUUGUUAGAGUUAGGGCCUCCUGGAUGUAGCUAAGCUGCUUCAAUGAUGAUCUUCAUAUUUGCACUACAGUUUUUUUUUUUUUCUCUUUAAAAAGCGGUUUCUACCUCUCCAUGUGCCUGAGUGAAGAUACAAUCACUGUUUAGUUAGUAGCUGAACAAAUCUGCAGGGUGGGUAGAGAUCCUGAACCACACCUUGACUCCAGUUACUUAAACUUGAAUGUAAAUAUAUACAGUAUGUAUAUUUUUUAAAAGUUUGCUUGCAAUGAACUUACAUGUGACAUUUAAUGUCAUAGCAUGUAAAGGAUUUGAACUUUUUUUUGUAAUAAA